UCCGAAUCUCUACCCAUCAUUUACUGCUCGUGCCCUUCGUGUCAAGAGGCUUCAAAUCCCUCGAAACAUGGCCAAACCUUCCAGUAUUCCACGCAAAGCAUUUUUCCGCACAACUUCGUCCCAAAAGCCGCCCUCCUCGCCUCUGAGAGCUAAAGUGUUGCCUCAGCCAGACCCAGUUCCCGAUCAACAUUCAUUCAGUGAUCAGGCUCAGGAGGAUGAUCGGGGCAAAGUAAGAGAAGAAGAAGAAGAAGAAGGAGAAGAAGAGGAUGAAGAGGACGAUUUCAAUCCGUUUACUUCCCACAAAUCAAACGAAGCUUCAGCAAGUACCUCAUCGGCUCGCCGGAAAUCUCGAAGCCAGCCACUCCAAGCUGAAUCGUCUCUUUGGCUGUUUAACGAGGAUAGAGGGGCUGAUUCAACUAAUAUAAUGCAAACCGUCAUGGCUCCUUGGGGUCUUGCUACAUCUGAAGACGAGGAGAUCAGCUUUGCUCAUUUUGGGAAGAAACUGCAGCGGGCUCCUUCAAACAACAAACACCCAACGGAGUCACUUCCUUCUAGAAAAACUCGGGCUCUUUCUCCCGUGAAUGAUAUGGCCUCAAGACUGCUGUCUCCAACCCAUAAGCUUACCCGCCAGUUAUUACCAACGAGCAAUGCGCCCAGAAGACCUCUGUCAAGCUGUGAUAUUGUACCAUCUAAAUCGUCUAGCAGUCUAACCACGACCAAAUUCUCAAAUUCCAUCCAAACGGCCGAUCAAGCCAACGUCACUCAGCUGGAUCCCACUCAUCAGUCUCCAACAGCACCUCACAAAACCAAGGCCCGUUCAGACCAAGCUGCCGAGCUCCCCAUGAGGCCCUUGCCCCCUCCUUCGGCUAUGAAAAAUCCUCGCGGUAUUUCGCUGGAGCCCCCAAAAUCUCUCAAAAAGGCGCGCUUUGCUGACUCGGACGAAAAUGUCAACCGAUUCACCUCGCUAAGUCCUGGAUCAAGAGAGCCCACCCCAGCAGCAAAUCAUGCACCAACUGCGGACCCGUUUCAAGGUGUUACAUCCCCAUCAAUCACAAAUCUAACUACAAAACAAAAUUUGGAAGCCUCUACAUCAAUUUUGGAAGAACAAACUGUCACCGUGGAUUCAGUCUUAUGUCCCUCUAAUGACCAGCAAACAGACAGCUUACCCACAAAUUCUAAAAUCGUCAACCAAACUACAGCGUCUUCAUCGGUCUCAAACACACAUGAUCCUAUGUCUGCGCCAGCUAGAGCUCGUCCCACGACCAGUCAGGCACCUAACAUGAUAGAGACUUCCCCCAUCAAAAUUCCAUCCACUCCGCUUUCACCAGACCGACCCCUUGCAUCACGUUUGCAAUCAUCCAGCAGAGUCAGUAGAUCCAGUCGUGCGUUAUCUGUCGAAAUAGUAGCCGUCAAUCCAGGGGAAAAGGCAAAAGUCAGCGAUCCUAUGGAGAAGGUAAAGACCCAACACAUGCCUUUAUCCAGUUUCAAGCGACUGUCCCGCACCAACUCGGCGAACAGCAAAGUUUUCCAGACCUUUCAAGCCGCACCCACUUCCGUCCUUCAGAGAGCGUCCUCGGUCAAUGCUGACUUGCUAAAGCCCUCGCGGGUUGUGCGCACUCUGGCCUCCCUCAGUGGGGCCUCCGAACCUGACUCCCAAGUGACCCGAACUGGCAUCAGCUCUGGCAAACGUUCCGAUCAGGUAUCUGAACCACUGGGAAAGGCGGCUGAAGCUCAGACUACCAGCAGUCUUGAGCCAUCCAGUGGCCCAGGGAUAACAGUUCUAAACAAGGGCAAAGAUAAGGCUCGGCAGUUGCCUCCCGGGGAGUCAGACUCAUCGAAAAGGAAGGAAUUGUCGAACCCUAGACAUGAAAUCAACUUAUCUAGUGACGAUGAAGGCCAACGAAAGCAUAGUAAGGCUAGUACCUCCAAGGAUAGUUCCCAAAACUUGAAGGCAGAAAACCGAAGACCUUCCAAUCGCAUACAUGUCAGUGAACGGGCAGGAUCUAGACUCAGUGCGUUGAUUGAAUUGCCCACACCGAAUUCAACUGUUGAAGCCAUCAGUUCCGGAGAUUUUGAAGGAGUGGCCAUCAGCAGCAACCUUUCAAUGGUCUGUCAGAACGGUGGCGUACCACAAUUCUCUACUCCAUACUCUGCCGGCCGGAUCAGCCUUCCCUUGCCCCCUGAUACUAUCCACCUCUCAGCCUCAAGGCCGAGAAGAAGCGGUCGAAAAUCUAUGGUCGGCAACCGUGAUAUAAAGCCGCCAAUGGUACCUUUAACCUUCGGGGAUUCACCUUCUACGUCCCGUUCAGCCGAUGAUCCAAAUCAUCAUGUUUCAAACCCUACUUCCUCGAGUGACAAUGUCCUUCCGUCAAGAAAUAUGGCAGAGCUUCCUGAGCUUGCCCCAAUCACAUCAGCGCCCAACACUUCCGGACCAGCUGCAUCGUCCCAUAGCCCAAACCGCAAUGAUAGUACCAAUCCCACAACAUCUAAUGUUGUCCUCAGCGGAAAUGCUGCUCCUAAGAACCUGGCUUUGCAUGCGGCGGCUUUGCCUUUGACUGAAGUCAAGAAAGGCAAAGCCAAAAUGGCUGAUCGUCCUAUCGCGUCUACUAAAUCUACAGGAAGAGAAACACACUCGGCUGGUUUGAAGAAAGGUGGCAAGCAAGCCAACGUCAUGGGAGUGAGACCUCUACCUGAAAAAAGGGUCGAUGAACCGCCACCCGUCAGGCAUUCUAAGCCCAAAGAGUCCUCUGCUUGUCCUCCCAGCACCUCCUCCGGACCCCCAGUCGUAGAACAGGAAAAACAAACACAAGAAUGGCAGUCCACUUCACAAGGCAUGGAUAAGCAGCCAGAGCCAGAGAUUGUCAUAGCAUCUCCAAUCUCACCCGCUGGGCCCACGCCCAGCGCUAUGGUUCCUUCGCCCUCGCUCCCAGAAGCCGCGGAGGAGUUAGCCCCACCACCACGCCUCAUCAGAGUGAAGAGGCCGCCUGUCCUCAAUGGCGAUUCCGCAUCAGCUGUCUCGAAGAAAUCGCGUUUGCCUUCAACUUCAACCGGCGAGUAUUCUAACGUCCCCAGCAAUCCGCCUAGAGCUGAGAAUCGUCCUUCAAAGUCAACCGCCAGAUCCGCUUCCGAUGCCAGCCACCCAUCGACCGCGCAUCCUUCGGAAGUAACUGAUGUGAUGGCUCCAGCAGCUCCUCUAGCCAGGGUGAAGAGGCCGUCUACACUCGAUGCUGACUCCGCUCCAACUGCCUCGAAAAAAUCGCGCGUGCCUUCAGGUUCAAUUGGUGACUCUUCUAGCGACCCCAGCAAACAGCCCGUAGUUAGAGACCCUCCUCCAACAUCAACCGCUACCUCUGCUUCCGACGCUAGACCUCUAUCACCCACGCAUCUUGCGGAUGCGUCGGCUCCAGUGCCCCACUUGGUCAGAGUGAAGAGGCCUUCUGCGCUUGAUAGCGAAUCCACUUCUACUGCCUCUAAAAAGUCACGUGUACCUUCAGGGGGGACAGGCGAAUCUUCUGCGGUUCCUAACAAUCAACCUAGACCCGAAAACCGUCCUCCGGCAACAAGUUCAGCUGCUAGAUCAGUUUCCGACCCCAGGCCCCCAUCCCACUUGCACCCGUCAGAGCUUGUCAAUGCGUUAGCUCCAGCAUCCGACUUGGUCAAGGGAAAGAGGUCAAACGUACUCGAUGGCGAUUCCGCUUCAGCCACAACCGCCAUAUCGAACAAGUCACGUGUACCUUCAGUGGGCACUGGCGAAUCUUCCAGGGUCCCUAGCAACCAAACCAGAGUGGAGAAUCCUCAUGCAACCUCAAGUUCAACCACGAGGCCAGCUCGCGACGCCAGGCCCACAUCGGCCGCACACCUUUCGGAGGCCAACAAAGCUCAGGCUCCUUCAUCGCACCUGGUCAGAGUGAAGAGGCCAUCUACGUAUGAUGCCGAUUCCGCUCCAGCUGUGUCGAAAAAGACGCGCGUGCCUUCAGCUGGGAAUGUAGAACCAUCUAGGCCCGCCAGCAACCAGCCCAAAGUUGCCAAUCAUAAUGCUGGAAAGUCAUCAGGCCUUUCCAGAAGACCCUCCAGCCUCCAAUCUCGCCCACGCGUCACUUCCAAGGUCCAAGAUAACAACUUAUCAAGACCAUCAGCUGACACAAGGUUGCCGCCUAGUCAACAAGUUGAUGUCACAAACUCUUCUGGCGGUCUGUUAGCUAAAACACCUCAUAGUACAAGCGACGAGUUGCAAGUUUCAACAAAUCGAAAAUGUGCGGAUGGAGUAGGCGAAGUCCCAAAUCUUGGGAUUAGGUCUGCAGAAUCGCAUCCAACACCUGUGGACCCAUCGCAUGGCGGUCAACACUUGAAUUCCGAUUUGGCUAAGCACUCGGGAGAGAAAAAUGCCCCUGAUGGUAACCCUCAACCAGCCAGACUUCAACCUGAUGGAUUCGUUUCUCUGAAUUCUGCAUCACUGCCCGAUGCAGCUACUGUCCCCUCCAUAGAAGCUGUAGAGGUUUCCAAUUCAGCAUCUACCCAAGUCAAAUCAAUAGGUUCGUCAACUGACCGUCGGUGCACUGUUUUACUCGAAGUGCCGUCUGAUUUUGAUCCUUGCCACCCGGCCGCCAAUUCAGAACCCUUGAAAUCUCCUGAUGCACAAGCUGUCAUGACAGCAGGUCAUAGUGAUAUACCAAAUGUCCAACCUGCAGGAUCUUCCAAUGAAAAGCCAGUCAAGAAAAAUUCUUCAAGUACUGCAACAACCAAUCAUGAAACCGCCGACCUCAAAGCAUCAGGUCAUCGCGCUCAAGCUCCGAUUUUAACCCUUCCGAAAGAGUUUGAUUUUGCUUUUCGAUCAACAAUGCCUGCUAAGCCAAGGAUCAAGGAUGCUCGAGCCCAAACUGGGAACUCAGCCCAGACCACUCUUCCCUCCAAACGGCCGCCUGUUCCCAGCACAUCGCAGGGAAAAUCAUCAGCUCGGACAAAUCCUCUAACUAGGUCUCGCCCUGACGAAGGUGAUGCUGAUAGAGCUCCCAAGCGAUUUCGCUCCAACCAGUCUACUCUCGCUACACCCUCUCGCGCCAGAAUUGGGCCCAAUAGGGUCCGGAAUGUGGUGGGGCGUCUUAACAGUCUCGCCAAGAAUGACCCGCCUCCACCGUCAUCUUCUCUCGCCCGUGGUCUUCGUCCAAAGCCGCCGAGCAACCCACAUCGGAUUACCGGCAGCACAUCAAAAGCUGUUUGCGCCACUUCUCAAUCUCUUGCUGCUGAGAAAAAUCCUCAAACUAUCCCCAACCGUAACAAUGCAGCAGUGCCAGCUGGCUCAGCUCAGCAGUCGGCUUUGAGGAAUCAACUAAUGAGGGAAAUACGACAAAAGGCCGACAUACGUGCCUCCAAGCAGGGAAAAGGCAUCCCUCACUCAAUUCCUCCAGCUUGCCACCCUUCAUCGGAAAAUGCGGAAGGAAAGAAUAAGGGAAACAACUACUUGGCUGAUAUCCCUGAGGCUCCCUCGCAGCCUAUCCCUAAGCGAGUUAAUCAAAGAAAUGUGUCCGGCGCUUCAUCUUCUAAGGCUCAUAAUCCACCCAGGCUCCAAGAAGCAAGGGCCCAGAAACCGAUUUCACAGAAUUCUCGUCCAGCUGCGAGUGGAUUUCAAAACUGUUUGAAUCAGUGGCGGGAGGUUGAGGCACGCCAAUCAAUAAAUUCAGGAACGGGGUCACUAAGUAACAGUGUCCAGUCGAGGAAGCUUCCAGAAUGGCAAGACGUCUCACUUGUCCACCACGUCUUACCGGUCAAGGACCAUUCGAAGCCCAAGAAACCGACGAUGAGCUUCGGGCUGGCUACCGAACGAAGGAUCUUGGAACGCGAGAAUUGGGAACAGACUAAGGCGAAUAAGGAGAAGAUCGAGGCUGAGAUCAGGGCUCAAGAAGAACUCAAAGCCCAGGAACUCCAGCGGGAAGAGUUCAUCAGGAUGCGUAGAGAAUGCGUCAUCAAAGCUAAUCCAGUUCCUAGUUAUCUCAAAAAACACCCCUAAGUAUUUUCUUUGGCAUUUCUUGAUUCAUUUAGCAUGUUUCAGAUAUAUUUUAUGGUACAUAGACUUGUCUAAUUUUUCAGCCUAUCCUGCUCCAGUAACAAUAAGUGUAGUAAAUAGAUACCCAUGGAUCGCAAUUUCAACUAUGUAUUUCAUUUUUUAUUUUAUUUUAUAUCGGUGGUUUUGUAUUUAUUUUAUUUUAUUUUAUUUUAUUUUGAACGUAAAGUGCCGAGUAC